AUGAGGCUCAUCAUCAGCUUCCUCUUACUCGCCUUGGUCACAACCUCAGACCAAGCAGUGCCAAAACCUGCGCCUCGCCCUCGAGUUGAUCUUGGAUAUGUCGUCUACGAAGGUCUCUACAACGCCACUACCGACCUGAAAAUAUGGAAAAGCAUCCGGUACGCUGCUCCGCCAGUAGGCAAACUGCGAUGGCAAGCUCCCCAAGAACCCCCAAAGUCGGGAGCUUUUGGCGUGCCACCGGUAUAUGGUUUCAACUCUAAUUCCGGCAACGAAGAUUGUCUGUAUCUCAAUGUCUACGCUCCGCCGCGAGCUGAGAAUCUACCCGUCCUUGUUUGGAUCCAUGGCGGGGGUUAUUCCGUCUUCGCUGCCACCUACGACCCCAGCUCCAUGCUGAACACCAACAACAACAGCUUCAUCGUCGUCGAGAUCCAGUAUCGCCUCGGCGCAUUCGGCCAGCUGGCUUCAGCCGAAGUUCGCCAGCACGGCAAGCUCAACGCCGGACUCUUGGAUCAGCGCUUCGCCCUCGAAUGGGUUCAGAAGCACAUCUCCAAGUUUGGCGGUGAUCCAACACGUGUGACUCUUGGUGGUGAAUCUUCUGGUGCGGGAUCUGUCAUGUAUCAGUCGUUGGCGUAUGGGGGUAAAGAAUCUAGACUCUUCAACAACCUCAUCUUGGCGAGCAACUAUGUCCCUCCCAUUUAUCCCUUCGACAGCAAUAUUUCCACAAGUCACUACAACGACUUUGCCGAAGCCGCUGGCUGUGGAAAGGAUUCGGCUGCCGUAAAAAGACACUCGAGCGUUUUCCACUGCCUUGUCGCCGCAGAUACAAAUGCCCUGCAAAAUGCCAGUGGCCUUGUAUCGACCUCCAAGGGCUACUUUGGGAGCUUCGCCUGGCUCCCCGUCAUUGACGGCGACAUGAUCCGGCAACGACCCUCGGAACAGCUUCAGUGCGGCAAAGUCAGCGGCAAGCAUGCUUUAAUCGGAACCAAUGCAGAUGAGGGCGUUCCCCUGACGAAUCCCAACAUCACCACCAAGCCGCAAUUCGACGCCUUCAUCUCCUCCACCCUCCCUCACCUAACCACCUCCGACAUCCUCUCCCUCAAUCACAUCUACAAUACGGCCACCGCCCAGCCAGGCGACAACGGAACACGCUUCGACACAAGCGGCGACGCCGGCCCUACAGCAAACACCGUCUCGGGCAUGGCCACGGGCAUCCAGCAGACGGCCUUCAACGUCGCCGCCGAAUCCAUCUUCCAGUGCCCGUCCCAGUGGGUCGCCGAGGCAUUCAGCUCGCCGACCUCAGGCCGCCGCACGUGGAAGUAUCAGUACUCGCUCGACCCGGCGUACCACGGUGCGGAUCUCGGCGCUUACUUUGCCAGCAGCGGCUUUCCCAAUCCCAGCUUCCGGCACAGCUUCCAGAGGAUAUGGGGAAACUUUAUCGUCAGCGGUAGUCCUGUUAUUUCUGUUGAGGAUGCAACUGCGGGAGCGGAGAAUGCUACGGUGCCUGUUGAUGAUAAGCACCCGGAGAUGAUUUCGUGGCCGCAGUAUAGCGAGCAGAACCCGACGUUUAUGAAUCUCAAUACGACGGGCGGAGAGGUCGAGCUGGUGACUGUGACGGACGAGCUGAGCUACAAUAUUCGCCAUGGAGAUGGCAUUGUUAAUACGUUUCGCCUGGCUAAUGCGAAAAGCUGGGAAGGGGGGCGUGGUGAGAGAUGUGCAUUCUGGAGGGCUGUUGCGCCACGAGUGCCCAACUGA